CUUUGCUAAAUAUUUACCUGCCUUUUCACAUCUCAUGUGAGUGAGAACUCAGCUCUGUUCAAGUGCUUGUGUUCAAGGGGAUAAUUUGCCAGGAAAUGUCUGAGAGCCUCCAGCUUUUGGUGAAAAAUGCCAAACAAGUGGUUAUGGUGUGUAAAUAUGGUGAGAAGUUUCUGACCAAGGAUGGGAUGCAGAAUUUGGCAGUUAUUGAGAAUGCAAGUGUGGUUAUUGGACAUAAUGGACUUAUUGAAGCUGUGGGACCAGCAGACGCCAUAGAGUCCCGCUUCAGAGGAGCUGUGUUUGAUAAAGUUCUCGAUGCUACUGGGAUGUGUGUUCUCCCUGGUCUGGUUGAUGCACACACUCAUCCAGUUUGGGCUGGGGACAGAGUGCAUGAGUUUGCAAUGAAGCUGGCUGGAGCCACAUACAUGCAGGUACAUGAGGCCGGUGGGGGCAUUCACUUUACUGUGACGCACACACGUGCAGCAGAUGCAGAAACUCUGCUUCAGGGGCUGAAGGGCCGUCUGGAGCGCAUGCUGAGAGCUGGAACUACACUGGUGGAGUGUAAGACUGGUUAUGGACUGGAGCUCAAUACCGAGCUCAAGAUGUUGAAUGUUAUAGACUCAGCCAGGAAAACCAUGCCUAUUGGGAUAUCGUCAACAUACUGCGGUGCACAUGCAGUGCCCAGAGGCAAAACUAUGGAGGACGCAACUGAGGACAUUCUCUCUGUGCAGCUGCCCGCUAUACAGAAGCAGAUUUCUGCAGGCAACCUGAAGGUGGACAACAUCGACGUGUUUUGUGAGAAAGGGGUUUUCGAUCUGAAUUCUACGCGCAGAAUUCUCCAGGCUGGGAAAGACAUGGGGCUAAACAUCAACUUUCAUGGAGACGAGCUGCAUCCUAUGAACUCUGCACAGCUUGGUGCAGAGCUUGGUGCUUUAGCCAUAAGUCACCUGGAGGAGGUUACUGAUGAGGGCAUUGCUGCCAUGGCAAAAGCAAAGACAUGUGCUGUCUUGCUGCCUACCACUGCCUACAUUCUCAGGCUGCCAUGUCCACGGGCGAGAGAUAUGCUUGAUGCUGGAGUUAUUCUCUCACUCGGGAGUGACUUUAAUCCCAAUGCUUACUGCUGCUCAAUGCCUAUGGUGAUGCACUUGGCCUGUGUGACACUGAAAAUGUCCAUGUCUGAAGCUCUGGCAGCAGCCACAAUAAACGCAGCCUACGCGUUAAAUUGCUCGCAGUCUCAUGGAUCUCUGGAGCCUGGCAAACAAGGAGACCUUCUCAUCAUCAAUGCCCCACGAUGGGAGCAUCUUAUCUACCAGUUUGGAAGCCAUCAGGAGCUGGUGAGAUUUGUCAUCAUCAAAGGCAACAUUGUUUAUGAAAAUGACAAGGUCUUGGACCUCUAAAAUGUAUGAACAUUCAUUUAUUUUAAGGUGCUGCUAAUAAUGAACAGUAUGCAUGAAUUAAGUGAUUGUUAAUUAAGGUGCUAUGAAGUCACACAUUAGAAUACACACCAACCAUCAGUUAUAUACUAGUAAACUGGUGACAGGAUCAAGGA